CCUUCCUUUCUCCUCUUCCCUCACAAACCAGAAAAAAUGAAGUUACACAAUCUCAUCCUCUUCGCCUUGGCUUUGCUCUUGCUGGAUGCCUCAUCAGCAGAACAAUGUGGAAAACAAGCUGGGAAUGCUCUGUGUCCCAGUGGCUUAUGUUGUAGCCAGUAUGGUUGGUGUGGCUCCACACCUGACUACUGCAGCGCUGGUAACUGCCAGAGCCAGUGUCCUGGUAGCUCCACCCCCACACCGUCUCCGCCCACCCCUAGCAAUGGCGAUGUUAGCAGCAUAAUCACCCCAGCUCUUUUCGAUCAAAUGCUCAAGUAUCGAAACGAUGGGAGAUGCCAAAGUAAUGGAUUCUACACUUACAAUGCUUUUAUCUCUGCGGCAAGUUCUUUUAGUGGCUUUGGCACCACCGGAGAUCUUAAUACCCGUAAAAAGGAGCUUGCUGCUUUCUUGGCCCAAACCUCUCAUGAGACUACAGGAGGGUGGCCUGAGGCACCAGAUGGACCAUAUGCAUGGGGAUAUUGCUUUAUUAGGGAAAAUGAUCGUCAAACUUAUUGUUCAUCAAACGAAUGGCCAUGCCCUGCGGGUAGACAAUACUAUGGCCGCGGCCCAAUUCAACUCACUCACAACUACAACUAUGGUCGGGCAGGUAAUGCUCUCAGGGCAGAUCUCAUAAACAAUCCGGAUCUGGUAGCAACCGACCCCGUCAUAUCUUUCAAGACAGCGAUAUGGUUUUGGAUGACCCCUGAUGGAAACAAGCCAUCAAGCCACAAUGUUAUCAUUGGACAAUGGACACCGUCUGACGCUGACAGGGCAGCUAAUAGAGUCCCAGGCUAUGGUGUCAUCACCAACAUUAUCAACGGUGGAAUCGAGUGUGGUCACGGCACCGAUGAUAAGGUGGCUAAUAGAAUUGGCUUCUACCGAAGAUAUUGCGACAUUUUGGGUGUCACCCCAGGGGACAACCUCGAUUGCUAUAAUCAAAGGCCCUUUAAUCAAUAAACUUUGUGAUAUGAUUGUAAGAUUUAUAUUUAAAUCUCAACUAAAAUUUAAUUAAUAAAAAAUAAAAGUCAUUUGCUUACAUUGUAUUUUAAAUUAUUAAUUAAGUGUAAUAAUAAAAUCAAUAAUUAAUCUCAACUGCGUAGAUCAUGCACCUCAUAUGAUAUCAGUAUGUGUCUCUGAUACUUUUCCUUUUCUUUCAUUCAUAGGAGGUUAAACAGUUCACCAGCGAACUCAAUAAAAAGUAGUUCUCUUUUUCUAUCC